UGUCUCUGUCCCUCCCUCUGACACCCCCACACUCCCUCUCUCUCUCUCUCUCUCUCUCUCUCUCUGUCUGCCCAUCUCUUUAAACAAGAGCAUCUCUUUUCUUUGCUCCUCUUGACACAAGGCAACCAUGUCCUCAAACGGCGCCGACGGGGACCUGCUACAAAUCCCCCUGGGGCUCAUCAACAGCGAGGGCAAGUAUCUGACUGCGGAGACCUUCGGCUUCAAAAUCAACGCUUCGGCCAGCAGCCUGAAGAAGAAGCAGACCUGGACCCUGGAGCAGACCGGGGAGGACGGCAGCGCCGUGUUCCUCCGCUCCCACCUGGGCCGCUACCUCGCCACGGACAAAGACGGCAACGUUACCGCGGACAGCGAGACGCGCGGCAGCCGGGACUGCCGCUUCGUCAUCACCGCGCACGAGGACGGGCGGUGGUCUCUGCAGUCCGAGCCCUAUGGCCGGUACCUCUGCGGCAGCGAGGAUCGAAUCACCUGCUUUGCGCAAACUGCCACACCGGCAGAGAGAUGGAGCGUGCACCUGGCUGUGCACCCGCAGGUCAACCUGUACAGCUUCGCGCGCAAACGCUUCGCUCACCUGAGCGCGCACGGAGAGCGGCAGGAGGUGUCAAUCGACCGGGAUGUCCCGUGGGGCGUGGACUCGCUUGUGACACUGGUCUACCGGGACCAGCGCUACCACCUCGAGACUUCUGACAACCGCUUCCUCCGCAAUGAUGGCAGCCUGUCCACAAAAACGGACAAGGACACCGGCUACAUGCUGGAGUUCCGCUCCGGUAAAGUGGCAUUCCGCGACUGCAAUGGCCGCUACCUGGCACCCGCGGGCCCAACCGGCACAAUGAAGUCUGGCAUCACCCGGGUUGGGAAGGAUGAGCUGUUUGGCCUAGAGCGCAGCCACGCGCAGGUCGUGCUGACUGCGGGCAACGAGAGAAACGUCUCCACAAGGCAAGGCAUGGACCUGUCAGCCAAUCAGGACGAGGAAGGGGACCAGGAAGUCUUCCAGUUGGAGAUGAGCCGUGAGGACAGGAAGUGUGCCUUUAGAACCGCUGCUGGAAAAUACUGGACCCUGACCGCAUCUGGGGGCCUGCAGUGCACUGCCUCCACCAAGUCGGCCAACAGUUACUUUGAACUGGAGUGGCGUGACGGUCGUGUGUGUGUGCGUGCUGCUAACAACAAAUAUGUGAUCGCUAAGAGGAACGGGCAGCUAGCUGCUACUGUUGACAGCGCAGGGGAAGCUGAACAGUUCCUGAUGAAGCUGAUCAACCGUCCAAUCAUCGUCCUUCGUGGGGAGCACGGUUUCAUCGGGGCUCGUAAAGCUGGAAUGGCGACCCUGGACUCCAACCGUGCAUCAUACGACGUUUUCCAGAUGGAGUUCCACAACGGAGCUUACUCCCUUAAAGACUCCCAGGGGAAGUAUUGGUGUGUUGGAGACGACACAGCGGUGGGGUGCAGCAGCUCCACACCUGUCCAGUUUCUGUUUGAGUUCUGUGACCUCAACAAGAUGGCCAUCCGUGCUCUGGGGGGGAAGUACCUUAAAGGGGACCAUGCUGGAGGGCUAAAGGCCCGCCGCCCCCGGGGACACGCCACCCCGGGGAAUACUAAAAGCACACCGGGACUUUCCCUAUCUGACCCAGCUUCAAACUACUAAUAUGUGCUGGGGGGUGCCGGGUCAUGUGGUGUUGUUUUAUUGGGAAAUUUGUCGUGUGUUAAUUUGUUUUGUCUGGAGGAUGGGGGAAAGAUGGAAUUGAAGCUGAUAAAAUGGGGAAAUCAUGGCACCAAAGCACUACAAGUGUUUUCUUUUGUAUUCUUUUUUUCCCUUUUUGUCUUAUCUUUCCCACUGGGCUUUUACUGGAGAUUUUUAUGUACAAGAUUUUUAGAAUGAAAUUUUGUCUGGUUACAUAUUUCUUUCACUUCCAGUCCAUUUCACAAGCUUACCCAUAUGUCCGAACACUACUUUUAUUGGGUUUGCCCAUCGGGUAACUACAGGUAAACAACUACAGUAUCUAACCUUCUCCUGUUUUAAAAUUUCCCCUGCUAGUCGCGCUGCUUUCAUCUCCUGCUCCCUUUCAAACUAUAAAGCACAACAUGCAUCAGAUAAAGGAAUGUUACAGAUUUACAUGUUUUGCUGUAAAUAAGGCUUUCUUUGUCAGUGAAUACAGAUAUUACAUAGAACCCGAAAAGAUGCAGGAGGGGGGAAAAAAGAAUAAAAGGGGUGUGGCUGCAGCUCACCGGCUUUGCCUACAGCACUUGCCCCUUCUCUAGAGUUCCUUUUUCACUCUGAGUGCAGGGAGACAAUGUAUAUAGACGGUGCCACAAAAUAGGGGUAUCAAAGGUUUUUCCCCUAUAAACCACUGUCUGAUAAGUGUAAGGCUCUUUAAUUACACGUCAGGAGGAAACAAAUAAAAGGAGCUUUGAGAUUCACUCAUCUACUAAAGAAGCCUUAUUAGUUAGAAUGACCAUCCUUUGAGUUGAAAGGAAUGGAAGGGAGGCGGUGGGGAUAAAAACUAGUUACUGCUGCACACUCAAAACCAUAAACUAAAAAUGCAGCAUAAUAUAUAAAUUUUCCCCUAACUCAAAACGCACAUAAUGUCCAACGAAGAAAUUAAAAACCAUGUUUGUUACAAAGAAAUGUUUGUCUUAGAUUGGGUGCUGCUGCUGGUGUGUAACACAAUGAAAGAGUCUCUCUGGCUAUUGUUGUCGCUGUGCCUUCCAUAGAGCAUUUCAGUCUUUUUCAUGUUCUUACAUUUAAGCUGAACGGAGUAAAAAAUAAAGUUUUCCCUCUUAACAGUG